UCAAAAAUAUAAUAUUUUGGUGACUGUUAAUUGUCUUAAUUGUUUUUCAUCAAUAUUAUUUUAAUUUUGCAUUUUAGAGAAUAGGCCACCAAUAUGACAAUUAAGAAGAAGGAAAGAAAUGAAAAUUAUUUGAAUAAGGAGGUUGGAUCUUCUUCAAAUAAGUCAUCAACACCACCUAAAUCAGCAACACAUAAAGAAUUAGCCUCGAGUACAGAUUCAAGUUCUAGCUCUAGUAGCUCAUCAUCAACAACAUCUGGCUCUGAUUCAUCAAGUUCAUCUGAUACUGAAAAUUCUUCUACCACUGAGGGUAAUUCUACUGAAUCAGAAAAACUAAAAAAGUCUCCCAGGAAAAAAACUUCAACAUCGUCAGAACCUAAAGUAUCUGAAUUGGCUAAAAAACACGUCUCACCAGAAAAAACUAAAACAAAAACUAAUACAACAGCACCAAAAUUAACAGCUGCUAUAUAUACUGAUUCAGAUACAGAUGCUGAAUCAAAAUCAAAAAGAAAAUUUCCUCCUAUUAAGCCAAAGUCUACUGCAACUGUUGCAGCUGUUUUAAAGCCACAAGACAAAGCAAAAAAAACUGAUGUUAAACGUAGUCAAGGACCACGUUCUAAGGCUACUGCUAUUACUGAUGGGACAAAAAAACACGAAGCAAAAUCAAAAAGUAUAUUCAGUCCAGAUAAAGUCAAUAGUAGUGAUAGUGAUCCUCCUCCUCCAAAGCUUACUCCAAUGAAAAGUGCUGCAACACAAAAAGCAUUAGUAAAACCAAGACCUAAAGCAAUGGCAACAUUAAAGAAAAAUUCACCAUCUCACAAGACCUCUACUCUAACAUCAGCAAGUUCUGAAUCCUCAGAUUCAGAUUCGUCAUCAGACAAAAAAUCUAAAAAUAUUUCACCUGAUAAAAAAAAACCAUUAAAUAAACCUCCUCAAACAACCCCUAAAGUUACUACCAGUGCUACAGAAUCAUCAUCUAGUGGAAAAGUAUCAAGAGGUCGAGGACGGCCUCGAAAAUAUCCAAUACCUGAAACUGCAAAAAAUGGCUCAGGACAUGACAAAAAACCGGUUUCCACAAGAGGUACAACAAGGGUAAGUCGUAUGUUAGCUGCAAGCCACAGAACUACAACAGCUACUGACUCAGACUCUGAUACUGGAAGUAAAUCUACUAGCACUAGUUGUAAGUCACCUACAAAAAAAGCCAGAGAUAAAAAUCGAAAACCUUUAAAUUGUAUUGAUAAAAGGGUAAAUAGUGGUCUUAUUGAAUUGGAAGAGCGUUUAUGUCCUGUAAAUGGUUGUGAUUCCCUAGGACAUAUGAAUGGUUUAUACGAACGCCAUUUUACUUCUGAAGCUUGUCCAAUGUAUCAUAGACUAACAAUGAAACAAUGCCAUGAUAUGCUGUCAGAGCAUCUAAAAAAAAAUGAAGAACGUUUAAAAUCUGCCUCAAAACCCAAUUCUGUUGAACAAAAACUUUACAGGGAUAAAGUGAAAGAACUAAGGGAAAAAAUUGAGGACAGAAAAAAUGAUACAAGUAGUGAUACUUCCAAUAGUGAUCAAUAUAUUGGUAAAGAAUUGGAACCUGACAUUUCAAAAUGUACAAACAUACCUUUAUAUGACUUCAAACUAUUCCAAGAAGCUCAAUCAGUUGCCAGUGAAAAAAUUGAAGAAGAUUUGAAACAAUUACCAAAUUUUAAAGGUACCAAGUACUUAGAAAUGGGAAAAUAUGAAAUGGAAGUUUGGUAUCAAAGCCCAUAUCCAGAAGAAUAUACUCAAGUGCCUAAAUUAUAUUUAUGUGAAUUCUGUUUACAUUACAUGAAAAGUAAAACAGUGUUGUUUAGGCACAAACUAAAAUGUGUUUGGAAACAUCCUCCUGGUGAUGAAGUUUAUCGAAAGGACAAAAUUUCUGUCUGGGAAGUGGAUGGCAAAAGGUUCAAAAUAUUUUGUCAAAAUUUGUGUUUACUAGCCAAAUUUUUCUUAGAUCAUAAGACAUUGUACUAUGAUGUUGAGCCUUUUUUAUUCUAUAUUAUGACAACAAAUGAUGAGGAUGGUUGUCAUAUUGUUGGUUAUUUUAGUAAGGAGAAAAAUUCGUUUUUAAAUUUUAACGUGAGCUGUAUUUUGACACUACCACCAUAUCAAAGACAAGGUUAUGGCAGACUACUCAUUGAUUUUAGUUAUUUGCUUACCCGUGUGGAAGGCAAAGUGGGUUCGCCCGAAAAACCUUUGUCUGAUUUAGGUCUGAUAUCGUACAGAAGCUACUGGAAAGACGUCCUACUGCAGUACCUCUGUGAUUUGGGCGGAAAGCAGUUAUCGAUAAAAGACAUGAGCCAAGAGCUGGCCAUUAAUUCUUACGACAUAGUUAGUACCCUGCAAGCCUUAGGUAUGAUGAAGUAUUGGAAGGGAAAACACAUCAUACUCAAAAAACAGGAUGUUAUUGACGAAUACUUGGAAAGGUCAAAGAGACGAGGUUCGGAGUAUAAAGAAAUCGAUGGGAAGUUUUUGAGGUGGCGGCCGCGAUCGGCUCCCGCACCGUCCGGACCCACGUGAGACAAACUCUGUCCCCGGACGCCGUCUAUAAGAGAAUUGUCCCAAAAGCUCCGGCGGCCGAGGAGAUAGAGACAAACCGUUCGGUGGGAAACUUGCGACGAGAGACAGUUUGUGUGAUUACUAAUUUAAAUUAGCAAUACGUACAACGACGACCCGGUUGGAGUAACGCGACUGCGGUGGCACUGCAAUCGAUUUCACUUCUUGUUAUACUAGUGUAGUUUUUUAAUUUGAUUGUUGUCGGCAUUUGUUUAUGUGCUCGUCCUUCGCACGUGGUACCGCGUUGUUCGAUGAACCCUCUGCGUGUCAUCUACCCCGAGAUCGAGCACGAGAGCAAAGGCCAAAAUAACAUUGUUACGGUGGGCGGCGAAGGUCGAGUUUUGCAGCCCGCGCACGUCCACCUUUUCAACACACAAGGCGUACACCCAUCUCCCCGUUUUCGACUCUUGCCCUCCCUCCCGAUCCGACAAUCUUUGCCGCGUUGACACCAUCCCGGAGUCGUAUUCUCCUCUGCGCCUUGCCAAACACCGUCGGCAAUACCCUAAGGAAAUACUCGUGUCGUUGUCUCACGUGCGGCGUACCCCGUCCACCGUGGGGCCUUACCUUGUUCAAACAAAUUACGCUUAACGCACAGUUUCCAAACAAAUAGCCGCCGUCGAUGACACGCCUAAAUUCCCAAAUGUUUAAUCGGAUUAACAUUAGUAGAAACACUUGGGGUGUGUCGAUCGCUGGAGAUACUUUCGUUUUUAUUGUAUUUUGCACAACUACUUUCUUGUUAACUCUGUUGGGGUCCGGACCGGUGUGUAGUAUAGUUAUUGUGUUAUAGACUUAAUUGGGUGCUAUCAUUUUUGUAUAUUUAGCUGAUUGUAAAAUUAUAAAUUAUUUAAAUAAUGUUACUUUUUAUGGUUUUAAUUAUCCUAUCGUUUUUUUUUUUUUUUUUUUUAUAAAUAUUGAACGCGUUUUUUUUUAUAACCUUAAAUAAAGUUUAUUUUGUAAUAAUUUACCCUUGCAUUAUCUAUCUGUACAGAUAUGUCCAACUCGUGUACAACACAAUACUCUAAAAAUGUACAUUAUGUUCGUUUUAUUAUUAUUACCAUGUAAUGUUUACCCUGUUUAUAAUUACUUGUAAUUUUGUAUUCGUGUAGUACUGUAUGAGGGGUAACUUUAUACGUUUUAAAUAAAGUUACUCUUUUUAUUUCCGUUUUGACUAAAGGUUAUUAUACUUGUAUAUUAUA